AUGAAGGAACUUUAUGAUUAUUGCAUCAAAAAAAAAAUAGCUGAUGCAAAUAUUAUUGCUAAAUGGAAGAAACCAGGAUAUGAAAAUCUCUGUUGCCUUCGGUGUAUUCAGACAAGAGAUACAAAUUUUGGAACAAAUUGUGUCUGCCGUGUUCCCAAAAACAAGCUUGAAGAAGGAAAAAUUGUGGAGUGCCAGAAUUGCGGUUGCCGAGGCUGCUCAGGAUAG